GGAAGUAAGUCUCGGAAGCUCAGAGUUAGCGGUAGCGGCUGCUUGAAGCCAGUCUCACGGCUUGCUUCAUCUAACGUAGAGGGUUUUUAAUUUAUUGUUUUUAUUACUUUUUAUAUCUAAUGGUAUUACCUAGCGCUUUGAGAAGGAACGGAACUGCAGCUGAGCCUUUUCUUGGGAAGUAAUGUUAGCCUGUAGCUAACGUUAGCCACUAAACAUCAACAGGAAGUAAACUCAGGCACUUUGAGCUUUUCAGUAUUUCCUCAGGUAUGAACUGUACUUUAGAGAAGGUUCUGGCAGAUGCCAAAUCGUUGGUAGAAAGGCUCCGUAACCAUGACAACGCCGCAGAGAUGCUGAUUGAACAGACAACAUCCCUCAACAAACGAGUGGAGGCCAUGAAGCAGUACCAAGAAGAGAUUGAUGCGCUGAAUCAAGUUGCGCGACAUCGGCCUCGCUCCAGUCUGGUUCUGGGGAUCCAGCAGGAAAACCGUCAGAUCAGAGAACUCCAACAGGAAAAUAAAGAGCUACGAGCGUCGUUGGAGGAACACCAGUCUGCGAUUGAGCUCAUCAUGACCAAAUACAGGGAGCAGGUGUUUCGGCUGCUAAUGGCGAGCAAGAGGGAGGACCCUACCAUCGUUACGCAGCUGAAGGAGCAGCACACCACGGAAAUGCAAGUACACUUAGACAAGAUAAAUGAGAUGACCUCGGUGAUGAGGAAAGCAAUCGAGGUGGACGAAGAGCGGAUAUGUGAAGACGAGGAGAGGAUUAAACAGUUGGAGCUGGAGAACCGCGGACUCAGAGAGCUGCUGGGAAUCAGCCGCGAGGCGUUCCUCAUUCUGAAGAGAGAAGAGCUGUCUGAGAGCACGUCGCUGUCGCCACUGCUAACCAGCGCCGACGUUAGCUUACGGAAGAGUUAGAACGCCGCCUCCAGUGUACAGAGUGUACCGUCUGCUGCCACACGCCCAACUCACCUUUCCCCCCACAGACUCUUUAGGCGAAGCCUCCUAAAGCACGUCGCCUCAGAGCCGCCUGCUCGUUCACACGCGGGCGCCGCGCUUCUCCCGUUUCCGAAACGUUCGCUUGUUUACGCCCGCGAUACCAGCCUGGUUUUAAAGGGAGAACGAGCGCAAACCAAAUAAAUCUGCAACCAUCAAA